AUGGCUGCAUCCCUUCGCCCUCAGAGACUGCUCCCGCGGCUCUCCUUUACAACCUCCCGAGCAACAUCAGGAAGCCGGCCUUCGUUCCCCGAGCAAACACCAGGGGCAUGCCUCCUUUGCCAGUUCAGGCCGCAAAGUACCGUUCGCGUACCACGUGAAUAUCAUAUUCAGCAACCCCGUCGCUUCGCUUCCACAUCUCCCUCCAAUGCUACCACGACUGAUAACAACGGCACGGUCCAAAACAUCCCCGACAUCACGAACCACUACACUAUCUUCCCCAAGACCCUCCCAGCAGGUCCACCGCCUAGCUCACCCUUUCACAUAUCUGUCAGCGACCUGCGACGCGAGUUUCUUCAGCUCCAGGGUACAAUCCACCCGGACAAGUACCCGCCGGGCCCAUCGAAACAACAGGCCGAGGCCCUCUCAGCCCGCAUCAACGAAGCCUACCGCACGCUGUCUGAUCCGCUCGCGCGCGCACAGUACCUCCUCCGCGAGAUGCAUGACAUCGACGUCACAGCCGAGGACGGCGCCGCACACCAUGCGCUCGACCCGGAGACACUGAUGGAAGUAAUGGAGGUGCAGGAGACGAUCGAAGAAGUGGGCGCCGAACCCGGCGCCGAGUCCACGAUCGCCGAGCUGAAGAAACAAAAUGAGGCCCGUGUAGUAGACUGUGUGGAGAAGCUAGCGAACGCCUUCGAUACGGGCGAUCUGGAGUCCGCAAGACAGGAAUGCGUGCGCCUGCGCUUCUGGUAUAAUAUUGCUCAGGGUCUGAAGGAGUGGGAGCCCGGUCUCACCGAGAUCAGACUGGUGCACUAG